GCGCCUGGGGCCCUGAUGCAGCCCCUGGAGGUGGAGCACGUGGUGGGCCAGGGCGUCCUGCACCGGGGCGGCCAGCUGCAUGGGGCCCGGGCCCUGGGCACCGGUGAGCGCUGGAACCUUGUCGUCUGGCUCCGGGCCUCUGCUGUGCGCAACCGCCUCUGCCCCAUGUGCUGCCGUAAGCCGGACCUGGUGGACGAGGCUGAGGGCUUCGGCGACGGCUUCACCCGGGAGGAGCCCCCCACGGUGGACGUGUGCACGUUGACCUGAGCCUGGUGUGGCCCCGCAGUGCGCGGGCGAGGCAUCUGUCACCUGGGGUCUGGAGGGGCAGAAUAAAUUCCCUGUUCCCUGCAGCCACGGUGCUUGUUGGGUCAGCAAGGCACACCGGCGUCUGGGUCAUUCUUAGGCAGAUAGACGGGCUCCGCUCAGAGCCGAUGUGGGCUUCCUGGAGCGGGAACCCUGAGGGGUGGAGGGCAGGGACUAGAGCCACUGCCCUGGUUGUCACUCCAGCUGUGGGUGAGGCUGGGCCUGUGUGCACCUUGGGCGCUGUCGUGAGGGUCCGGUUCGUGCUUAUAUAGCCCUUUGUAAGAGCCUCCUGUUUGCUGCCCUAAUUAAAGCGUUUACAGCGGGUGUGGGGGCAGCAAAAUGGGGCAGCCUUCUUUGGGGUUACACGUUUGAAGGCUCAGGCACUUCUGCUUUGACAUCUCCAGUCUGGGCUACUGUAAGAGGAGAACCACACCAGGCUCAAUUCCCACGCUGCGGAAAUGCGCGGGGGCAGUUUCCGAGGGGGCUUGCGUCCAUGCAGUCGCAGUCACUGCCUCUGUGGCCCCUCAGCGACACCGGGGGGUGCGACCUCGGUGUUAGAAUGACCUGGUCGUCUCGGCCCGGAGCUCCCAAGUGCGGAAGCAGAGCGGCGCACGGGCGGCUCGGCCCGGGCGUCAGGGAGGCGGGGGCGGGGCAACCCGGAGGAGGGGCCCGCGAGCGGGAGCGUGGGCUCCGGCUGACAGCGCGGUCCCGUCCGGGCCGGGAGCUGCGGGCGCCAGCCACCGCACCUGCGGCGGAACCGAAGGCAGCAGCUCCUGCGCGCCAUCCGGACGGCCUCCCGGUGCACUGCCCGGGCCGGAAGCGGUCUGUCGGCCACCUCGCGUGAAGGCGUGCUGUGGGGCUGGAGGUCUGGCCCGAUGGGCGGUUGAGGGGAGUGCACUGCAGUCUUGGGACCCUCCUUGGGGACGCAGAGGGCGCAAGAGUCAGGGCCGCUCGCACGCCGGAGGGAAACGGUAGGCGUCCGCGCCGAGCGGGUGCGCAGGCGCGGAGCGUCCGGCCGGGGGCGGGCCCUUUAAAGGAGCCGCGCGCGCUGGGAGCCGGCUGAGGGUGGGAGCCCCGAGGGCCCCUCGCCUUCCCGCUGCGCCGAGAGGAGCAAGCGCAAGGCCCGGAGGAGACCGCGGUCCAGCUCCCGCUCCUCUUCUUCCAGCUCCUCCAGCUCCUCCUCGUCCUCGUCCUCGCCCUCGCCCUCCUCCGGAGAUGGCCGCAAGAAGCGGGGGAAGCACAAGGACAGGAGGAGGAGGAGGAAGAAGAGGAGGAAGAAGAAGGUGAAGAAGAAGGGCGGGGAGGAGGCGGAGGCGCCGCCCGGGCCCUCGCUGGAGCAGUGGCGCAGGGCGGCGGAGCAGGCCGCGGGCGCAGCGCUGACGGACGAGCAGAAGUCCCGCGUCCAGGCCAUGAAGCCCAUGACCAAGGAGGAGUGGGACGCCCGGCAGAGCGUCAUCCGCAGGGUGGUGGACCCCGAGACUGGGCGCACCAGGCUCAUUAAGGGAGACGGAGAGGUCCUGGAGGAAAUCGUAACGAAAGAACGCCACAGAGAGAUCAAUAAGCAAGCCACCCGCGGAGACGGCCUGGCCUUCCAGGUGCGAGCCGGGCUGCUUCCCUGAGGCCCCCGGCUGCGGUCUGCAGAUGGCCUUGGGCAGACGCCGUGAGCCGAUGGCCGCAGCCGGGUCCCUGGCCUCCUCGGUGCCCACAUCUGGAAGAGUGCCCAGCCCGGUAUUAAACACUGUUUGGCUACAGACCGA